CAAUCCACUUUCUUCCCUUCGAAUUUCGCGGCCACCUGUGUGCUCUUCACCGAUCCACCCCCUUAUUCCACUUUAAUUUGCACUCAAUCGCUGCUGUCAACAUGGCUCCCGCGGCUCUCGAACAAGAAAACCACAUUCGCGAUGCGGAGUUCAACCGUGCCCUGCACGGCCAGUCCGCUGAGGCCAAGGGCGGUUUCGCCGCCAUGCGUGGCAAGGACGCCGCUGCCCAGAAGGCCGCCAUUGACGAAUACUUCAAGCACUGGGACAACAAGAGCUCCGAGCAGGAGACCGAUGAGAUCCGUGCGGCCCGUCGUGCGGAGUAUGCUACCUUGACCAGACACUACUACAACAUCGCCACCGACUUCUACGAGAACGCAUGGGGUACCUCCUUCCACUUCUGCCGCUUCGCCCCCGGCGAGCCCUUCCACCAGGCCAUCGCGCGCCACGAGCACUACCUGGCCCACCAGAUCGGUAUCAAGAACGGCAUGCGCGUGCUGGACGUGGGUUGCGGUGUCGGUGGUCCGGCCCGUGAGAUUGUCAAGUUCUCCGACGCCAACGUCGUCGGUCUGAACAACAACGACUACCAGAUCCAGCGCGCCACGCUGUACGCUGAGAAGGAAGGCCUGAGCGACAAGCUCAGCUUCGUCAAGGGCGACUUCAUGCAGAUGCAGUUCCCGGACAACAGCUUCGACGCCGUCUACGCCAUUGAGGCCACCUGCCACGCCCCCGAGCUGCAGGGCGUGUACAGCGAGAUCUUCCGCGUGCUGAAGCCCGGCGGUGUCUUCGGUGUCUACGAGUGGCUGAUGACUGACGACUACGACAACGAGAACCCCGAGCACCGCAGGCUCCGUCUCGGCAUCGAGCAGGGCGACGGUAUCUCCAACAUGGUCAACGUCUCCGAGGGUCUCGCGGCCAUGCGCGGCGCCGGCUUCGAGCUCCUCCACAACGAGGACCUGGCUCAGCGCCCCGACAGCAUCCCCUGGUACUACCCCAUCGCCGGCUCCUUCAAGCACAUGGCCUCCGUCUGGGACUUCUUCACCAUCGCCCGCAUGACCUGGUGGGGCCGUGGUCUCGCCCACCGCUUCGUCGGCGCCAUGGAGAAGAUCGGUUUCUUCCCCCAGGGCUCCCAGAAGACCGCCGACAGUCUGGCUCUCGCCGCUGACUGUCUCGUCGCCGGUGCCGAGAAGAAUCUCUUCACCCCCAUGUACCUCAUGGUCGGUCGCAAGCCCGAGUAAAUUCUCUUGCUUCUGAUUUCCCUCUCUCUCCCUUAUGUGAUACGUCUGUACAAAUCACCUUCUGUGACAGCAUCCGGUUUCAUAGAUGUGCCGGCG